CGAAUGCAGUGUGUGUGGACGGUGUUUUUUCCAGUCGAUGAUCUCAGCUGAAGUUUCCUCCGGUGUCAGCUUCACGGAGGCUGAACUAACUCCCGGAGGAUGACUAAAGUCUCCCCGGGGCUGAGCUCUGUCGAAGGCCGCGGCGGGAGAACCCAGAGGGAACCAGGCGCCAUUUAAGUCCCAACAAUGCGGGGCCAACAAAGGAGGCAGUGAUUUGUGGCCUCGGUGGUUUUUCCCCCCGCGGCUCCUGCUCCAGCCAGGGCAGGGCUGGGCUGGCUCCCGUUACAGUACCGCGGCGAGCCGGCGACGACCAUGGAGGAACGGGAGUAUCCCGAAGGGGUGCUGGUGACUGAGGCCGGGCCGCAGUGGCUGCGGGCCGAGGCGGACCGUCUCACCCGGGAGCUCCGCGACACCACCCGGGAUCUCCGGGAGACGACCCGCGAGAAGAUCCAGGCGGCGGAGUACGGGCUGGCGGUGCUGGAGGAGAAGCAGCAGCUGAAGCAGAGGUUCGACGAGCUGGAGACGGAGCAUGAGACGGUCCGGCAGGAGCGGGACCAGCUGAAGGAGGCCUUUGGACAAGCUUACUCGAUCCAAAGGAAGGUGGCAGCAGAUGGCGAAAGCAGGGAAGAGACUCUGAUUCUGGAGUCUGCCAGUAAAGAGGCUGUCUACCAGCAGAAAGUCCUGGAGCUGCAGAAUGAACUCCGACAGGCCAAAGCCUCCCUGACCAGUACACAAGCUGAAAACGAUCGUCUGUCCUCCAUUGUCCUGGAGAUGAAAGAGAGUUCAGAGCUGGUAGAGCUACAGCGCGGUCAGCAACGUGAUGACAUCAGAGAGUACAAGGUGCGAGAGGCUCGUCUGCUGCAGGACUACAGCGAGCUGGAAGAGGAGAACAUCUCUCUUCAGAAACAAGUAUCUGUGCUUAGACAGAACCAGGUGGAAUUCGAAGGUCUAAAGCAUGAGCUCCGGCGUCUGGAGGAGGACUCCCAGAAUCUGCACAGCCAGAUGGAGGAAGCCAUGCGUCUUAGAGAAAUUGCAGAGCGGCAGCUAACAGAAGCCUUAGAGACGAUCAAAACUGAACGCGAGCAGAAGGCCUCCCUGCGCAAGCAGCUCUCCCACGCGAUGACCAUCGGUGGCUCUGUAUACAACGGCUCUUUUAAUAUCUCUUACGACAACCUGAAACUCCACGACGAUCCCUCCACCAUCAGCGAGCCCGACAACGAUGAUCUGAUCAGAGGCUUUGAGAAUGGCUUAAUGAAGGGCGACGAAGACAACAGAGCCGCUGUGAACAGGAGAGGAGAGCCCUUCAAGCCGGCUCCCAGCCUGGUGGACGACCUGCUCAGUGAGCUCAACAUCUCUGAGAUUCAGAAACUGAAACAGCAGCUCAGUCAGGUGGAGCGGGAGAAAAUGGCCUUGAUAAAUUCUCUGCAGGAGAACCAGAAGCAGCUGGAACGGGCCUAUGGGACUGUGUCCGAGCAAAAGGAAACUGUCAACAAACUCUCAGAGAACCUCACCGCCAUGAGGAAGCUUCAGGCCAGUAAGGAGCGCCAUACUGCCCUCGACAGUGAAAAAGACCGGGACAGCCACGACGACGGAGACUACUACGAGCUGGACAUCAACGGGCCGGAGAUCCUGCAGUGUAAAUACACUGUGGCUGUGUCUGAAGCUGGGGAGCUGAGGCAGGAACUGAAAACGCUUAGAGCAGAAUACGAGGAGUGUCGUACUCAGUAUGAAGACGAGCGAACGCAGUUGGAGAGUGACGUCCAUGACUUGAGGUCAAGUUUAGCGUCCCUUGAGAAGAUCAGUCAAGUAGAUAAAGCAGAGGUGACUCGUCUGGAGAAGGAGCUUAAUUUGGUCAGCAAGUCUGCAGGAGAAUCACAAGGCGGCCUUAAUGUGGCCCAGGAUGAGCUAAUAGCCUUUAGUGAGGAGCUGGCCAAUCUCUACAACCACGUGUGUAUGUGCAACAACGAGACCCCUAACCGUGUCAUGCUUGACUACUACAAGGAAGGCAAGGUCAUGGUGAGACGAGGGAAUGAAGGGAAAGAAAACCAGACUUUCGUACUCAUCAGCAAGGGGCUUAUCACCGAGACGGAGUUUGGAAAGACCGACUCAAGCAGCACCGCAGCCCCAGAGCAGCGCCCGGAACCCAUGAACAUCUACAACCUUGUAGCCAUCAUCAGCGACCAGAUCCUCCACUUGCAGCAGGCAGUGGACCGCACCACUGAGCUGUCGCGCCAGAGACUCGCCAAUCUGGAGUUGAGCACAGUGGGGGACAAAGACAAAGAGGCUUGCAUCGGAGAGAUCCUCAAGCUGAAGUCCCUGCUCAGCACCAAAAGGGAACAGAUAGCCACGCUCCGAGCCGUGCUGAAGGCCAACAAACAUACGGCCGAGGUUGCUCUGGCCAAUCUGAAGAGUAAGUACGACAGUGAGAAGAUCAUGGUGACUGACACCAUGAUGAAGCUGCGCAACGAACUCAAGGGUCUGAAAGAGGAUGCUGCGACAUUCUCCUCUCUGCGAGCCAUGUUUGCUACAAGGUGCGACGAGUACGUGAUCCAGCUGGAUGACAUGCAACGGCAGCUGGUUGCUGCGGAGGAUGAGAAGAAGACCCUGAAUUCUCUGUUACGAAUGGCCAUCCAGCAGAAACUGGCCUUAACUCAGCGCCUGGAGGACCUGGAGUUUGACCACGAGCAGGCACGCCGUAAGAGUGCCACAGCUGUGGGAAGCAAGAGCAAAUUGAAGCUCAAGGGAGCGUCUUCCAGCCUACAUUAAAUCUAUCAAGCCAAGUGACCAUAAGGAUGUCCGUCUGUGAGAGUCUGUGCUGCAGGGUUCUUCACUCUCUCUAGUCAUGAUCCAAAUCAUGUCAGUGCUAAAAAUGCAACCUAUCCAACAGUAUUUGCCAAGUUCUUUGUUUUUGAGUGCCAAAACAAAACAUUGUCCAACAUUGUGACUGCUCACAGUGUGACACAUCACGUCCGCCGCCCACUGCAGUUACUGUCUUCAAACAAUAUGCACCACUAUAGUGACUGGACCUGAGGAAAAAUCCACAUGGGUGUUUAGCUGAUCCUUUUAACCUGUGUUUCCCUGACUGAGCACUUUUUUUUUACUUGCUCUUACGCGAUUCCUCUUUCUUUCUAAAGUCCUACUAAUUGUUUUAAAGUAUUAUACAAUGUUUUACUGUAUGUGCACGUUUUUAUCUGCCUGGUUCCUGAUAACAUUUCAAGCGAAUCAGAAUAUUUUUUUAUCUAUAUUAGUUUCAUAACAAUAAAACCAGUGAAUAUGUGGUACUUUUCUUUUUUUAAUCAGCCUUUUUUUUACAGAGCAUUUGAAGGCAAAUGAGUUUUUCUGCCUUAGUGUCUUUCCUUUUGGCCUUAGAAUCCUGGGUGCCUUUCUGGCAACCCAAAGAAAUUGGGAAGAUGUGUAAUAACCAUACAUUGUUUUCUAUAUGAUCCUGCAGAUGUGGAGCUUCAAAUUCAGGGUCUGAACUUAAUUUUGUAUAACUGAUUCGCCUCUGUAAACAUGGAAGCGCUGUUACUUUUUUCAAGAAUGCUUGUUAGAACUGAGGAAGAGUAUUAAUGCAAAGCUUAUUUAAAGAUUUCUAAGUUAAGAUCAGAUGUUGAUAGUAUUCAUAAUCGUAUUCAUGAAGGAGAGUCUCUAAUGUAAUUGUUUUAAUACAAUUAUUGUAAACCAUUUAAAAAUAAUCCAUUGUCUCCAAACAAAUACGCCCGCGGUGCCAUAUUGUACAAGAGCAAUUUGCAUUGCAAACAAUAUAUAUAUAUAUUUUACACAUUGCUCACAUUCUUGUCCUUAUUGAUUUUUAUGUUUUAAUAUAACUGCAAUUGUAUUUAUUUGACUCUACACAGACUACAGGUUGUCAUCAUCCUUUUUGCUUCAUAAGGGAGUUUGAGUGGACGUUGCUGGUCAGAGUUUCAAGACUAAAACUGUGGAUAAACACUCGCAAAAUUCAUGACUGCUGUCUGCCUCCAGUUCCGACUGGUGAAGAAAUAAAUAUGACUUUCAAAACUC